GGCCCGCGCUGUCCCCGCCUCCCGGCCCGCCCUCGCGGGCCAGAGUGAGCGACCGCCAGUCCGCGGAUAUCGGCCGCCGUCCGGGCGCGCGCAGUUAGCGGGCGCGACUAUGCCAAGAUGGUCCUGCAGGCGCGGAGCAAGCACCGGGACGCGGCUCCCAGGCCGCCCCGGUCGGCCCGCUCGUCGCCGCCGCCAGUGAGCAGGGCAUCCGAGGUGGAUGCUGGGGAGCUGGGGUCAGAGCGCACGCCGUCGUCGCCGGGGCGCAGGGGCGCGGCGGGCAGGAAGGGGCCCCGCGCAGAGACCGCCACGCUCGCCCCGGACGGCCGCGCGGGCCGCCUGGCGGCCGGGCUGCACUGGGUGCUGGGCCUGUGGCGCGGGCGCGGCCGGACCUGGAGCACGCUGCUGCUAGCUUCCUUUGCAGCCUUAUUGCACUGGAGCCACAUAACACAUCUCUUUGAAAAUGAUCGGCAUUUUUCUCACCUCUCAACGCUGGAGAGAGAGAUGGCUUUCCGCACCGAAAUGGGGCUGUAUUAUUCGUACUUCAAGACUAUUGUGGAAGCGCCCUCGUUCUUGAACGGAGUGUGGAUGAUAAUGAAUGACAAGCUGACUGAAUACCCGCUUGUUAUUAACACAUUAAAAAGGUUCAAUCUUUACCCUGAGGUGAUCUUGGCCAGCUGGUACCGGAUUUAUACCAAAAUAAUGGAUUUGAUUGGCAUUCAAACCAAGAUAUGCUGGACAGUUACCCGAGGAGAAGGACUCAGUCCGAUUGAAAGCUGUGAGGGAUUGGGAGAUCCUGCUUGCUUUUAUGUUGCUGUAAUUUUUAUGUUAAAUGGACUAAUGAUGGCAUUAUUCUUCAUAUAUGGCACAUAUUUAAGUGGCAGCCGAUUGGGAGGUGUGAUCACAGUGCUGUGUUUUUUUUUCAAUCAUGGAGAGUGUACCCGUGUGAUGUGGACACCGCCUCUCAGAGAGAGCUUCUCAUACCCAUUCCUUGUACUUCAGAUGUUGCUUGUGACUCACAUUCUCAGGGCUACAAAGCUUUACAGAGGGAGUCUGAUUGCGCUCUGCGUCUCCAACGUGUUCUUCCUGCUUCCCUGGCAGUUCGCCCAGUUCGUGCUUCUUACUCAGAUUGCAUCAUUAUUUGCAGUGUAUGUUGUGGGAUACAUUGAUACAUAUAAAUUACAGAAGAUCAUUUAUAUGCACAUGAUUUCUCUUGUGGUGUGUUUUGUGUUGAUGUUUGGGAACUCAAUGUUGCUAACGUCUUACUAUGCAUCGUCUUUGGUAAUUAUUUGGGGCAUGCUGGCAGUGAAGCCGCACUUCCUAAGGAUGAAUGUAUCUGAACUCAGCUCCUGGGUUAUCCAAGGGUGUUGUUGGUUAUUCGGAACUGUUACACUCAAGUGUUUGACUUCCAGGAUCUUUGGCAUUGCAGAUGAUGCUCAUAUUGGCAACUUACUAACAUCAAAAUUCUUCAGUUACAAGGAUUUCGAUACUUUACUGUACACCUGUGCAGCCGAGUUUGACUUCAUGGAGAAGGAGACUCCACUGAGAUAUACGAAGACACUGCUGCUUCCAGUUGUUCUCGUCAUCGUCGGCGCCAUUGUUAGAAAGAUUAUUAAUGAUCUGCGGGGUGUCAUAGCUAAACAACAGACACAUACACGAAAACAACAAUUUGAUCAUGGAGAGUUGGUCUACCACGCCCUGCAGCUGUUGGCAUACACAGCCCUUGGGGUUCUGAUCAUGAGACUGAAGCUCUUCCUCACACCGCACAUGUGCGUUAUGGCUUCCCUCAUCUGCUCCAGACAGCUGUUCGGAUGGCUCUUUGGCAAAGUGCAUCCUGGUGCUGUUGUCUUUGCUGUAUUAGCAGCAAUGUCUAUUCAAGGUUGGGCAAACCUACAGACCCAGUGGAACAUCGUAGGGGAGUUCAGCAAUUUACCACAAGAAGAGCUCAUAGAGUGGAUCCGAUACAGCACAAAGCCAGAUGCAGUGUUUGCAGGAGCCAUGCCCACCAUGGCAAGUGUGAAGCUCUCUGCUCUCCGACCCGUUGUGAACCACCCACAUUACGAAGAUGCAGGUCUAAGAGCCAGGACAAAAAUAGUAUAUUCAAUGUAUAGCCGGAAAGGACCUGAGGCCGUGAAGAAGGAACUGAUGAAAUUAAAAGUGAAUUACUACAUUCUGGAAGAGUCAUGGUGCAUAAGAAGAUCCAAGCCUGGGUGCAGCAUGCCUGAAAUCUGGGAUGUGGAGGAUCCAGACAACGCCGGGAAAACACCCCUGUGUAACAUCUUGGUGAAGGAUUCCAAGCCUCACUUUACCACAGUGUUCCAGAACAGUGUUUACAAAGUCCUAGAAGUCAUCAGACAGUGACUGCUUGUCACCUGCCAGAGACGCAUCAGUAAUGGCUUUACUGCUUUGCCACUCACUCAGAUCGCAAGCCGUUGAAAAGUCUGGGGAAGUAACAUUUUCAAAUGGCAAACAUUGAUUUGGUCCAUUUGCCAGUCUGAUUGUAAAAGUGACUUACACCAGAUUGAUUAGUUGCUGUUUCAGUGCACCUGUUAAAAUUUGCUAUGCAAAUGAGUAUAUGCUUGUGCUUGGUUUAAAUGUUUGUGUUACAGUGAACAAAGCCAUCUGUGUAGACAUACAUCAUGGGUGGUGACUGAUGAUAAGAAACUGUAGUCAUGUCUGGACAGUUCAGGGCCUGUUCCCACCCUUGCUUCCUGCUUACCUCUGGGUCUUCUCUUUGAACACUUGAGUGAGUCUGUGACUCCUGGUCUUGUCAGACAGCUCAGCUCUCAGUCCCGGCGUAGUUGGCGUGAGGGUCACCUGGUCACCUCACUUGUGGGUGCUCUUUGUGUUCUGUGUUGCUCUUGUGAGUAAAGUGUCUCCUGCCUGUUGUUACCCAGACUCCUGGGUAUAGUGGCGAGGACCAGUCAGUUCCUUUAGUUUCCACUCAUGUGGUAUUGCAUUUCUCCCCACACAGACUGGUUUCUUUUCCACAUAAAUGCUAUCUUGUCUUUAAGUUGAUUAGCAAGUGCUUAUUCUUGGUUAAAAAAUUAGCAAUUGUGUAUUUUUCUCAUUUUUAAUAUUAAUCAAAUAUUAUAUUUUAAUACCUUUAAUUCAUUUAAAAAAUGUUAUGAUUAAUCACGCUUUUGGAAAAAACUAUUUUGGUCAACCCCAAAUAUGAUACAUCUACAGCUUGAGAUAUAUAUAUAUAUAUAUAUAUAUAUAUAUAUAUAUAGAGAGAGAGAGAGAGAGAGAGAGAGAGAGAGACAGAGACAGAGAGAGACAGAGACAGAGACAGAGACAGAGAGAUAUAGCUUAUGGUGGUCUAUGCUAAUUUCACUUUCACUAUUAAGGUAAAAUAAAACCUAAGUAAUUUCUAUCAAAAUGUAAAUGGAUAGAGUUUUUAAUUUUGCUUUCAAAAUUGCCUGUCUUCAAUAAGACAAAGCCUUAAGCCUUAUAAUUUUGCCUCAAAAAAAAAAAAUCAGUAUGUGGAGUGAGUAUGCUCAGUCUUUCCCAUUUUGUCCUUUUUUUUUUUUUAAUUCCUAAACAUGCUUUGAAUUUCUUACACAAAUUUUCUUUCUUAGAAGUUAAUUUCUAUGAAAUGUCAUACUUCAAAGCCAUCAUCUUCAUUGUUGUAAGAAAUGCUUUUGAGGUUUUAAAUUCUAAACAAACUGACCAUGGCUGACUACACAUUUAGUUAUACAGUCUUCUCUUUAUUAACCACAGGCAGAUUAACCUCAGUGUGGAUUGUCCUUGAGACCUGAGCCUUCAGGGAUGGCUUCCGGUGCCCACUCCUGGCAGCCACAGAAGGAAGAGCUGUUCUCUUUCUGCCUUCCUCCCAGAGCCCAAGGACAGCUUGUCUGGGGGACACUGGCCACCUGCCAAGACAGCACUGUGACAGAGGAGUGUGGCCCGUAAGGAGCCAGCCUCACCCGCCAGGUCUCCCUCCAGCAGCUGCCCAGGACGGCGUUCCCACUGUAGCAGACUGGCCAAGCUUCCUCAUCUGACACUUAGUCUAUUCCAAAGCUUUUACCAACUCAGAAAAUAGGGGAGCGGCUGGAGGCCAUGCUUUAGGGGUGUAUGAGUUGUGGUGUGGUAAUAUAAGAGCAUGUGAAGAAAGUUACAGGCGUGGGUGUGAGGGACAUGUGCCCUGCCUCGGCUGCCGCCAUUCUGCAGCCCAGCGUGGCUGCUGUGUGGAUACAGCAGUUAGAGUUUUUUUAAUCACCUUUUUAAAGUUAUUUUCUGUUCUUACCCUCUAACAAUCCCCUUCAUAACAAGUUCAUGUGUAAUGAUUGGAAAUUCUGUACAGAGAAACAAAACAUUAAAAUACUAUUAGAACCAGUUCACAUGCUGAGAAACAUUAAAAGUAGUCUAAAUGAGGGGUUUUUUUUGUUUUGUUUUGGUUUUUUUUUUUUUUUUUUUUUUUUUUUUUUGCAGAAACCUUUUGUAACAGUAUGUCUUAAUGUAACUCCACCAGCAAGCUCAGCUUUUAUUUUCGGCGAGUCAGCUUGGAGCUGAGGCAUUGGGGUCCCCCGCAUACACAGCCCCUGGCACAUCUAGCCACUGCCGUGCUCUGCGGCGCAAACACUUGUAGGGCAACAUGGAACAGUGAUAGAUUUUAUGUAGCUGACAAUGCAGUAGUAAAGAUCAGUAUUUUGCAUAUUUUUAGCAUUUACAAAUAUUUUUGCUUUAGUGUGAGGAAAGGAAGGAAAGACAGAAGGCAACUGAAUAGUAAUUCUUGUGACACUAAAAACAAUAAGCUGGGUAAUACGUCCAUUAAGAGAGAAACCUCUAAAAUGCCUGGCAGAGCGUGCUGUUCCGUAGGCCAACAGCACAGAGGAGAAAAGGAAAGGAUGUGUCAGAAAUGACGCGAUCCUGACAGGAGUGUUGUGUUUUUAUGAAUUUUAUGCUCCUUGUUUACAUGUACUAUAUAUGUUAAAUAAAAAAUCCAUACAAAAUGU